CAAAGGACAUUGUUGAAUUGCCGACUGCAACGGGUUGAUUUCAUUCGCAGGCUCGUUGUCAUGUGAAUAAGAAGAGGAUUUUUCAAAAUUGUGUACGUGUGUCUCUGUAAGCUGUCGAUAGCUAAAUUAGGAGGAAAAUGGCACGUAUAAUUAAUCUUUAUAAUUUAUCUGGAGUUGUGACUGACGUUUUGUCUGCGAACAAGGCUUACAUCGAGUUUUUUCAUGAGGAUAAGUUGGACAGUGCUUUGUUGUCAAGCACUCAAUUUUAUUGGGAAGGAAAACACAUUCCUGCUAAUCGAGUUUUGAGUGAUUAUUUGAAGACGGGUUGUUUGGUGAAAUUCUCUUGCGAGCCCCUUCAACACAAGAAAAAGGACACCUCCUACUCUUGGAUCGUCAACACCUGCUGGUGUGAGGAGAAGAGUCCCUUGAAACGGAUGAUGAUAAACAGAGGAAUUGACGAUGUUUGUGGGAAAAUUAAAAAAUUGGGAGGUCGUCAUGGGAUAAUUUCGGUGUUCGAUGGCACUAAUUUCACUCAUGAUAUCCUGUUCCUUGCAAGUAGAUUUUACGUCGAUGGAAAGAGAUUUGCUGCUGGGAAAACACUUACUGCUGGGCUACACGAGGGUGAAUCGGUUUUUGUUGAUGCAAUUCCUUGUAUUCCUGAGGAGAAUGAGGAGCACUGCGAGUGGUUCGCCACAUGUGUCUUCAAGGGUCGAAGGCCCAAGAUUGUCGGUGAUAAUGGACACGAUAAUGGGCAUAAGUGGUCUCGAGGGACUUAUGGAGAAAGUGGACAUCAUCCAGAGGAAACUGAUGACUUCAGAAGUCAAUAUCUUGAAUUUGUCAAUCUGUAUGUACACACCCCUCAUACUGUCUAUGUCACAGGGUUGGGGAUGAUUCUCAAGAUUUUAGACGAGGAAUUUGGAAUCAUCAUGGGGGAAAUCAAGAAAAACGUCUUUGAAACGAUUCUUUUUCAUCGAAAGCACUUCUUCUUAUUCGGGAUGAGUCUUGGAUCUCAAGAUAUUAGUGGUUGGCUUUGUGCAGAGGAUCGAGUGAAGUUUGUGGCAGUUGGUGCACCUCUAGGUUUUGCCACCAACUGGAUAGCGGUCCAGGUUUCUGUUCCUCGAAUACUCGAUGAAUGAAGUUCUUUCUAAAGUGUUAUUAUUUCAUUAAGUUUUGAUUAUUCUAACGAUGAAAUUACCUUUUUCAAGUAUUAUAAACGUUAAGAUAGAUUGAUAUUACCUAUUGUUCAUGUAUGAAAAAAUAAAACAGAUAUUUUUCUCUUAA